AGGAGGCAGCAGAAAUAUGCUGAGCAUCACCUAUGGAGCAGCCCGAGGAUGAGAGGGACUUCAGGUGCAGCAGAAUGGUAUCAGACCUGGGGAAGACCAGGCACACUGGGCCUGAGAGCAAUGCUUUUAUAUUUCAGAUGACUGCUGUUGGGCACAGUCUCGCUUUCCUUUCCUCCCGAAGGGAGCAUAGACUCGGCGCAUCAAAACAGGGAGGAGAGCAGCAACAAGAAUUGAAGGUACUCUCUUAUUGAGGAGCCAAGUCCAGACCCUCUAAAGUCAGAAGAGCAUCAGAUCCCUUGGGAAUAGAGUUACAGAUGAAGUAAGUGCUGGGAAUUGAACCUGGCUUCACUGCAAGAAGCUGGCUGUCAUCUGACCCACCAUGAUGCCUACAGAACUCACAAGCCUUAUUCCUGGUAUGUUUGACGACUACAACUCUGACUCCACUGAUUCCACAGAUGACUACAUGAAUUUCAACUUCAGUAGCUUAUUCUGUCAGAAAGACAAUGUCAGGCAGUUUGCAAGCCAUUUCCUUCCACCUCUGUAUUGGCUUGUUUUCACUGUGGGCACCCUGGGCAACAGCCUGGUCAUCCUUGUCUACUGGUAUUGCACAAGAGUGAAGACCAUGACUGACAUGUUCCUUUUGAAUUUGGCAGUUGCUGAUCUGCUCUUUCUUGCCACUCUUCCCUUUUGGGCCAUUGCUGCUGCCAGCCAGUGGACAUUCCAGCCCUUCAUGUGCAAGGUUGUGAACAGCAUGUACAAGAUGAACUUCUACAGCUGUGUGCUCCUCAUCAUGUGUAUCAGUGUGGACAGAUACAUUGCCAUUGUACGGGCUAUGAAGGCUCAGAUGUGGAGGCAGAAAAGGCUGCUAUACAGCAAAAUGGUCUGCAUUAGCAUCUGGGUGCUGGCGUCUGUGCUCUGUACUCCAGAGGUGCUGUACAGCCAAGUCAGUGAGGAAUCCGGCAUUUCAGUUUGUACCAUGGUCUAUCCUAAGGAUAAAAAUGCUAAGCUGAAGUCAGCUGUCUUGAUCCUGAAGGUGAUACUGGGGUUUUUCCUCCCCUUCAUGGUCAUGGCCUUCUGUUACACCAUCAUCAUUCAUACACUGGCACAUGCCAAGAAGUCAUCCAAGCACAAGGCCCUCAAGGUGACCAUCACUGUCCUCACUGUCUUCAUUUUGUCUCAGUUCCCCUACAACUGCAUUCUUGUCGUGCGGGCUGUUGAUGCCCACACCGUGUUCAUCUCCAGCUGCACUAUUUCCAUCAAUAUUGACAUCUGCCUCCAGGUCACUCAGACUAUUGCAUUCUUUCACAGUUGCCUGAACCCAGUUCUCUAUGUUUUCGUGGGUGAGAGAUUCCGUCAUGAUCUGGUGAAGGCCCUGAAGACCAUGGGAUGCAUUAGCCAGGCCCAGUGGGUUUCAUUCACAAGGAGAGAGGGUAGCUUAAAGCUUUCUUCUAUGCUACUAGAGACAACUUCUGGGGCUCUCUCCCUCUGAGAGAACUCAUUGAGGCAGAGGGUCCUCAUUAGACAUAACAUUCUUCCUACUGAUGAGACUAAAGAGAAAGCAAGUAAUAAGGAAACGAGGGGAAACAAAACAAACUGGAAUGAGCCCAAACUUCAUUUCGCUCAGUCAGAAUUUGCCAAACAGUUUUCAAAAUUGAAAACCCCAGAAAGGGACCAGUUAAUUUUUUGUUAUAGCAAGUGAGCCGUGCACAUGCUGAUCACCAGCACAGCUGGGUUCUGGAGGUGUUGACUUUCUUCAGUGCUGUUACUUCAGCUCUGAUGCUGCUCCUCUCCAGAGGUGACAAGAGCACUGGCCACUGCCAUAGUACAUACAAGCAAGGCUUGGUGACAUUUUCUACUUUAAGGUCUUUUCUCUAUAGUCCUAUUGGUAGGAAGACUAUGUCUGUAUUUCUCAUUACUUAUAGAUUUUUGAUCUAGAAUACACUCAAAACAAUCUGAGAUUGAAUGCCAUUCUGAUCCUUUUGGUCUCUUCUGAGCCAGGGAGAACCAUUGUUCCUAUUUUGGACAGACUGGCCAGACAGCUGACCACAUCACAACAUCACCUGGAGUCUGUUGCUCCCAGCCCACUUCUGUGUCUGGCAGUAGAUGCCAUGUCCAAACCUCACUGCAGGCCAGAUCUAGGAAAGGAUCUAGUCUGUUCCCUGGUAUGGGAACAAUGGCCCUCACAGAAUUAAACCUGAGAAUAUGUUUGGAUGGUGGGGCCUAGCCUUUGGGACUUCUUAAGGGAAGAGGCACUUGCUGCAGGUUCUUCUAUCUUCUCCCUGUUAGUGACAUGUCCUUUCUAAGGCUCCCAGAAUUGUGUUUGCCUCCUUGCUGCCUCCCCUUUCCUUAUUCUGUAGUGCCAACAGCUUACUAACUUUUAACUUUAGAGAGAUUAAAAAGAAUGGGUUGGAGAGAUGGCUGAGAUUAAGAGCACUGACUAUUCUAGAGGACAGCGUAGAACAACUCCCAGCACUAUGGCAGCUCACAACUGUCCAUAACUUCAGUUCCAGAGGAUUGACACCCUCACAUAGACAUACAUGCAGGCAAAACACCAGUGCACAUGAAAUAAAAUAAAUAAAAAUUUCAAAAGAAAAAAAUAAGUAAUAUAAUUCACUUUCUGCCUAUUGUCUUCUAACACGUGUAACACAAUGUAACAAAUAAGAUCCCCUCUCGCAUAGUAUAAGACUGUAGAGUUAUUGUUCACUGCCACCCUAAGGGGUUUUUAACUAGUCGAAUUUCACACAUUGGAAAAAUUAUUGCAUAUCUUGGAAAAGUGCUUUAUAAUGUAUAUUUAAAAAUGUUCACCACUUGCCAUUUGUUUUACUCUUUAUCAAUAUUAUGAGCAAUUAAAGAUUAUAUAGAAAUACA